CAGCUGUGUGAUGGGUUUAUGCCAAUGUGAUUUUCCUUGUGGAAAAGGCCAGGCCACAGGAGGAUGAACAGGGCUCUCCAUGGAGGUGCCUUGUCCUGGCCCCAGGCAGGUAUCUUGAUUUCUCCAUCUAGAGUCCCAGUCAGCCCAUAAAAUCCAUUACUCCCCUCCUAUCUGCCUAAAUGCCCCCAGCUUUAGCCUAUACCUACCAAAAGAAGCCUAUGAUAUCAACCUCUAGGCUUUAAAAUAAACCUGUUGUUGAUGUGCUGACAAUAUUAUUAGGCACAUGUAAGGAAAUAAAUAAAAUGUUUGUAUCUUUUAUUUUUACAGAGGUCUCUGUAAUCCUCUUUAACUAGAGUUGUUUAAAAAAAAUCCCAUCUUUUCUUUAAAAUCAAAUGGAAGCCUAUUCUUAUUGAAAUGAGGUGCAUAAAUCAUUCUGCCAGGACAAGUUGUUCAGAUCUGAUCAUCACAAUAAAAUAAUAAUAAUCUGCUAUAUAGAAAUUAGUGUGAGCACACAUUUUCUACUGUGAGGGGCAAUAGUGAUCUACAGCAAGAAAAAAUUCUCUGCUGGGAUCCUUUUUAAUAAAGAGAAGCAGCAAGCCACUGGAGAGGUGUUAAAAACAUAGCACAUCUUAGUCACAGGGUUUAAAGCUGAAUUCCAACAAAAGAGAUCUUAAGGAAUUGUUUUGUGUUCCUCUAAGUAAAAUCUGUUUGCACCACACAUAUUUCAUAACCAUUUAGAGAGUUUUACUGACAAAUAGAUUGAUAUUAAUAUUUUAAAUUAAUGUAUAACUAAGAGUCCUUGAUUUUUCUCAAUGAUAAAUAAUCCAGCAGUUCAGUAGAUGAUGAAUGUCCCUACUCUGAGAAACUUGAGAGCUGGCACUCUGAGGAAAAUGCAUAAUGCAGCUGCCACUGAAACUGGGAGCUGAAUUCAGUGCAGGAUUUAAGAGCCUACAUCCAAAACUGCAGUCCAGCUGCCCUCACUUCUCUCUCCCUCAGUUAUACACAUCUCUGUGUGAUCAGGAAGGUCUUGCAGCAUUUGUGUUUGCUUUCUUCAGUGCUCACACGCAGUCAGUGCCUGCUGAGGGCAGCCCAGUGCCUUUGGGAAAGUUUGUCUGCAGCAGUCAAGAGCACAGCAUCCAGUCUGAAUCUGCGCUUGUAUCAGAAAAUAUCAACUUUUUAAACUACAUCUGCAAUGAUUUGUGUUAUCCACAUCAGGUCUCUCUGCGAGUGAGCCUGGCUGGCCAGUUUGCCCCGUGGUGGCCAUGCAGUGUUUCUGCUCAGAGGUGGUGAUGGGCUCCAGCACUCAUCUCUGAGUGAGAGACCAAAGAUGUGCUCAAGCACCAGCUCUCCCCACUCCACCCUUACACAGUUUUCUAAUGCACGAGUCUCAGCUUGUGACAAAAUGUCCCUUCUGGGUCUGAGCAUGAGCUGAGAGCAGCUUUUAGAGGCACAGAGGAUGGUUCCGAGGUGAUGCUUUGCUUCUCUGCCCUAAGUGCCUUGAUGUGCUGGAGCAGCAUUGGGCUGGAGCUGCAGCCCUGCUCCUGCCCUGCUGAGCCGGGUGUGCGAGUUCCUGGGAAGUCGUGACUCCCCUCCCUCCGAGCAGCAUCAGUCUGCUCCCAGCUCCCUCCUCCUCUCCUGAAAAAGGGCACAGCUCCAGUGCCUGAGGAGCCCUCCCCCAAGGAAACACCAUGAGGGAGUGGGAAGGGAGGGAUGCCCCCAGCUCUGAGCAGCAGGAGAGGAGCUGCAACAUCCCUGCAGCCCUGCAAUUAGCAGCGACCGGCUGAUGCAGCCCCAGCAGCCGCUGGACCAGCGCUGGCAGCCCAGGUUUCCUCAGCAUGAACCUGGGAGAUGCAGUAGCUCAGCCUGUAUUCACCCUUCAGGGAGUACACCCUCGAAAAUUAUGAUUUGUAAUUAGAGCUCUAAACCAUACACCAUACCUGUGAGAUAGUACAGUUGUUUGAUUUCUUCUCCUUUAAAAAGCCCUUUGGAUUUAUUCCCUUUCUUAGCCCCUGAAAAGCAAUUUAUAACAUUCUUAUUUUCUAGCUCUUGAUUACAAUGAGGGCAAGCUCUCUGGCCAAAUAGAGUUUAGUUUGUUUAACACACAUUUUGAUAAAUGUGUUAACAAAAUUGCAAUCAAAAGCGUAUUUUGUUAAUGCACUCUUCAGAAAUUCUCUUCCCCUUCUUAGCACAUCUUCGCGUACAAAGCCAGGACUAAAACCUAACUUUUGGAUCUCUUAAUUCAGUGUUGUAAUAGGGUAUAAAGCAACAGAGCCUUCAUAAUCUUGGAUCUAUAGUCUUCUCUUUAAAUUCUGUUCUGCACAACAGAAAGCAAAAGCCAGGGCUCUGUAGGAAACUUACAGAAGGAUAGCAGCUUAAAAAUAAAUAAUGACCUUGAUGAUCUGUUUUUUAGGUUUUCUGCUCAUUUUCCUUCAGGCAGAAGAAUUGCCUUUUAAAAUCUAAAGUGUUAUGGAGAGGUUGUUUCAAAGGCAUAAGUGGUGAGACGGAAUGCCAAGAGAAAUUAGAAACUGGUCUAAUAUUCUGCUAGAACUUGUCUGAUAGGGCAGAGAGUCAGAGCUUGUUCCUAAGCAUCUCCCCUCUACUGCUCAGCUGAAGUAACCUGGGCUUCAGAGUAGAAGCUUUGACAGAACCAAAGUCCUACCAAGGAAACUGGGUAAUAUGCUAUAUUUUACCCCAGCUCUGCAUUUAUUGCAAGUAACCAAGUGCAGUGGGGAAAUUUCUUGUUAAAGAAACCAAUUGUAACAAGGAGUCCCAUUGAAUGAAGAGCCAGAUUAAAUGGUUGGGAUGAGAUUUGCAAGCUUAUUCCACCUCUUGUUUCCAUGUAGAUGAAUGCUCAAACUCAACUCAAUAAAUGCUCAAAAUUACGAAGAGCAUGCAGGAUUCAUAGGAUUCAUGGAUAAGACAGGAGCCUUCUGGUCCUCUUCCUGAGACAUUUCCCAUUUUGAGGGACCACUCAAAGUGAGAAUGGGGAUCUCUACAAAGAAGCUUGAUGUUCUUGUUUUUAAGGUACUCAUGUCAUGUUCCUAUCCUGAAGGAGUGGCUUUUCUAUAAAGGCUGGCAGGAAUCAAUACACAGCCACUCUUCUGCCUCUCUGAUGCGAGGGAAUCCUCGAGGACCUGCCUACCCCAGCCCUGCAGCUGGUUGAAACUGCAGUGUCACAAAGCAACUGGGGUGGGCCAAGAUCCAGCACUCACUCAUGGAUGAGAUGAGCUGAUACAGAAAGAUAUCAUUUUUCUUUGCCAUACAUAUGAUAGUCCUGUUUUCCAACCCUGCAAUUUCAAAAUUGUGUAAUUGUCAUAUAAUGGUAAUCAUGGUUGUUACACUGUGUUAUGUCUAGGGGGAAAAAAGGGGUAGGAAAUUUGUUCUGUGUGAAACUACCAGAUUAAGGUAUACAGCAGACACACGAGCUUGUAUCUACAUUAAUUUACCCACUUGACUACAUCUUAAAUUUUAUAUCUGUUCUAUCAUCCUCUUAAUUAAGCCCUGAGUAAUUUAAAGCUUUGAGGUGGACUACUGUUUUAUUUCUAGCUGUGGUGCAUGGAAGUGUGAUUCAUACGUGUGAAUAAAAAUAGAUGAGGACAGACCUUCCCCAGUGUAAACUGUUACAGCUCCAGAGAUUUGUCUCUCAGAGAGGAGACAGGAGAAGUGGCCCAGAGAUUUUUGUCAUGGUUUUAGGACCAGGUUUGUUACUUAUACAUGGCAGAAGUACAGGACCACUCAGAAGGUGCAUCAGGGCUGAAGCUUUGAAUUAAUCCCAUUUCCUGUUUGUUCCUAUCUAAAGGCAGAUGAAUGAUGAGGUAAACACAGAGAAACUCUCACAAUGGAGAAAUUAAAUACAUCCUGCUGAAGAAACAAGGUGAGGAGGGCUACUGAAGAAACUAGCACCUCCCUUUAGCAAAUUUCUCACUUCAUGUAAAAAUAGCCUGUGCUCAGGUGUGUGGUCAGUGGGGAGCUCUCUGCCAGGGCAGCUUCAGCACAUUAAUCACCUACCUUUGAUAUCCAGAUACAAAGUCCAGCUCUUGUAGGCACCCCAGAAUGUUAUGGCACUGAGUCUAUAAACUAAAAAAUGUGUUUUGCUGUUCCAGACAAUGUUGAUCUACUGAGUUUUGAAACAAACAGAUCUAUUGCUAUGUGAAACUCCUUCUGUGGCACUGAAUAGAAGCAUAAUUACCAAAGAUUUGAAAUCAACUUCCAGCUGAAAACCUGCCACAAUAUGCUUGUAUUUCAUAACUAAACCUUUCCCUUCAGUCCGUGCUGGCAGUGGCAAAUUUCUGCCUCUUGCUAAUGCCUAAUGAGCAAAGCCUAUUAUCAGCAUGGCUGGACUACAAUUUGGGGUAAAAUUCAGAAUAUAACCCUUCAUUAUGAGAAUGGUUCUGGUGAAAAAUUAUAUCCAAGUAUAUAAAUGAUAUCUAAAUAUUUCCAAAACCUGUUCUUUCAUUUUAUAAAUAGUAAUAAAUUAAAUCAGAAGCAAGAUACCAAGGAUACCUCAGUUACAGCUGUACUAUGCAAUGCCCUUCAUGAGUUUAGGAUGAAAAUACUACAUUUAUCUUUCUGAGUGGCAGGAAAUUUAUAAUCAAAAUCUUUAAGUUAAUUUAAAGAGUGGGAUCACUUCCAGAAUAUGUUUCUCUGAUGGUAUCUUCUGCAUACACCUGCCCUGAUAAAAUACUGCUUUUCACCUUCACAAAAUCUCAGUUAAUUCCUUGGGUUCAUUCUCUUUUUCCAUGUCAUACAGUUGAGGUGGGAGCACAAAACCCAAUUCUGGUAGCAGAAAACCUAAAACUAUAUUUUAACAAUCAGAAUAUGCUGAUUAUAUAAAUUAGUAAGUGGGUAGUGGCAAGUUCUCCCUGAACAUAAGGAAGAACUUUAUUAUGAGGGUGGCUGAGCAGUGAAAGAGUUUGCCCAGAGAAGUUGUACAGUCUCCUUCUGUGGAGAUAUUCAAAAGCUGUCUGAACAUAAUCCUGAGUAAUUGCUGUAGCAUAACCUGCCUGAGCAGGAGGUAGGACUAAAUGACCUCGAUUGGUCCCUUCCAACCAUCCCCAUGUUGUGAUUCUGUGUUAAAAAAAAAAAAAAAGAAAAAGAAAAAAAAAUAUUUGAAAAUUCUCUUUCAUAUCUAAAGUGUUUGCAGCACUUUUGGCAAAUCUAUGUGCUCAGUGGAAGCUAAAUAUUGAAAGAAAGAAAAACAGGUUUUUUGGUGCUUUUUUAAAACUGGGUUUAUUUUUUUCCUUAUAUCUGUCCUCUGAUGGGUUUUUUUCUCUUUUAGUAAGGGAUGAAAAAAUAGACAAAGGGGUAAAAAAGAAAGAGGGAAAUAAGGCUAAGCAAAAAUAGGAGGACUUUUACCACUAAAAAUUCAGAAGCAAAUUUCUAAGACUCCCUGCAUUAAGAAAAAAAAUGGAACAUUUUUAUAAGAGCCUGAAGAACAAAAAAAUAGUUCAAUUUUGUUGUUUUUCCUCAUUUUCAGGUUGGCUCUACUACAAAGAAAAUGAGAAAACUGUCAUUAUUAUCAUUAAUCUGGUUCCAUUCAGCCAUGCUGUUUAUCUACAGCAGACCAAGUAAUGCAAAGGGAAGGCACAAUGCCUUUAUAUUAUUAUCUCCUCUAAAUAUGCAAGAGUUUAUGAAUAAACUAUUUAUCAGCUUUCUUUGUGACCAGCUCUGAAUUUUCUUUAAAUUUACAUUAUUAUUACUUGUGAAGCACCUUCCACUUUGACUACAGCUUAUUUUCUCCUGCUUCCAUAUGAUCAAAGUGUCUAAUGCAAAGGACCUUCUUCUGCUCUGCCAGAAUAUGUCAGAGUUUGCCAGCUAUGCCAUGGAAGGAGGAUGGAGCAGCAUCGUAUGUGAGAUUAAUGUUAUGCUACAGAUUGGUAUAAAGAAAUGAAAAUUAAGUUAGAAAGUCCAGUAGCGUGGCCUGGAUUACAUUAAAUUAGGACAAUUUUCAAUUUAAAAUUUUCUUACUUUAAGAUACAACAUUAAAAUUCUUUCUGUCUGCACUGUGUCUCAUUUCAGACAAUUUUCUUUCCAUUCAUCUUGUCUACUACCAUGUAAAUAUGUUUUCAAAGUUAUUCUUCCUUUCCCAGUGGUUUUUGCUGGCAUUGCUUACAUUCUAUGUGUUUUGUCACUCUUCAUUUUUGUUCUCUCCUUCCUCAGUCAGGUGUUUGAACAAGAGACGACAGCGUUCAAGUUUUCUCUGGGGAUAUAAGGUAGAAGAGAUAAAAUCAAAAGUUGGGUCAUGUCAUGAUAUACAUUUAUUGAGACAAAAACAUCUGUAUCCUAAAAGAGUGUAUGUUUGUAGAUGUAUUUUUAAACUAAUGACUCACUGGAUGUGUUGCAGUUUUUAAUGGGGCAUGAGUAAUGCCUGGGAGUCUGUAUUUAAAUGUGAGGGAAAUCUUGACAUUUUUAAAGGGAAUUCUCUGGUGUUGUUUCUAUGGUAACUUUUCUAAGGGGAUGACAUUUUUUCAUUUGAUUUUUAAUUGUGAUCAACAGUAGAGUAACUAAAAUAUUGAACAUAAAAGAAAAGAAAUUACGUUUGUUAUAAGCCCUUUCAGACCAGCAGGGGACCAAGGCAGGGGUUGCACCUCACUGGGGGCUAAAAGAACUUUCUGUGGUUCAUGGACUUGACUUGGGGUUUUGGAGGCAGGGGGGCAGGGUGAAAGGCACAAGCAUGUUUUGGGGAACAUAGAUAGUGAGGUUACAGCCCAGAAAUCCCCAGUAGUGCCAGUGAAGCUUAGUGAAAACAGGUUAAUCAAUCCCAAAGAUUUACGUAGCAAGAGAAACAAAACUAUUAAAACCAGUGAAUCAGCGAUAAUGACAUAGGAACAUGAAGGCCUUAAUCUUCACACACCCUUUCCUCAAAAGCAUCUUCUCAAUUUCCUUAAAGAGCUGAACAGUAGAAUUUUAAAAUUAAUUUUAUUAAUUAAUAAUAAAGCUACAACUCUUAAAACUUCCUGUAGGUGUAUGUUUUAAAACAAUGCAAUACUUUCAGGCAUAGUUUCCUUUUACCUGUGAAGUCAGACCUUAAAAUGCUUUUUUCCUGCAAGCAGGGCUAGGUAGUAGGAAAAGGUGCAAGCUUUGGUUGUGGCACACAUCUCCUGGCCUCUGAGGUGCCUCUGGGAGAGUUGCACUUUCAUGCACCAAACAAUUGAUCCAGGCACCAAGCUUGUAGCUCUUCCCUGGGUAUAUUUAAAAUCUGUCCUGAGAUCUCCAUGGUGCCCUCAGGAGCUCUGAGGCCGGGACCAGAGGGAGGCUGGAAGGACUUCCAGAUAAAAAGUUUCCAUAAGUACAUAAGAUUUUACAUAAGUAAAUUAAUUUCAUUAAUUUCCUUGAUUUUACAACAAAAUGUAACUCAUAGAACUUAGGAGCAGCUGUGUUGGAGACUGUCUAAUUCAUUGUGGAAAACUAAAUUCUGUACAUAGCUUUGGAUGCUAAAUCCCCAAAUUUUCCUGAGCUCUGUGUCUGAAUGGGCUGCAUCAUAAGUAUUACUGACAAUUUAAACUUUGAUAUUGAAUUAAGAGAAGUCUUUAAAAUGUAUUGAAAAACUUUUUGUACAAAGUUAUCAUACGCAGAGUGAUUAAAAGGAGGGAAGAGACAAGAAGGUCUUUCUUUCAAAGGACUGAGCAAAUCAACAAAAAAAAGUGAUAAACAGAACAUCUUCUCAGAAAUUCUGGCUUUCCCUCUGCAAUUAGUGUUGCAUGAGAGGCUUGUCAGUGCACGUCUGCUCAGGCUUUGACAUGACCCUCCACUCCUGGCCCUUCUGAAGCUCUGACAAAGUUAUGGGAAUACACUCUUGGUGUCACUUGUAAGACCAAAGCUGAAGAUGAAAGCUUCUGUUUGUAUAAAUUGCACCAUUGUUCUUCUUCUUCCACUUAAAAAAAGGAGACUUCAUGAUAAUCAUUUCAAGCACCAAGUGUCUGAGUCUGGGUAAAAACCCAGGGACCAUACCUACAUCUGCUGGAGACUGACAUACCUGUGUCAGUAAAGCAAUGAUUCUAAAGUCUUACUGGUUUAACUGGAAUUUUGAAUUUGAACUCUGUUUUGAAAUCAAUUGAAAAGCUCUGCUGGGAGUGUGUGCAUGCCUCAUUAAGUGGAAAACAUAGGAUAGGUGCUUUUUCAACAACCUUUCUGAUUUCAUAUUUAAUCUGAAGCUACAUAUAUAAAGCACAUAUUUUUAAAAUGACUAUGUGACACAUUUAUGCUAGCACACUAUCAUUAGCAUGCUAUCACACAUGAUUGUUUAUCUAGGUUUUAUAGCUUGUGCUUGCAUAAACUGAUGCUGUCGCCUUCUUUUUUUCUGCAGUCAGAAAAGGCAAAAUUUUUCAAUGUUCUCAAAUACUCGUAUGACUCAGAGAAGAAAGGAACUUUCUGAAAGUUAUGUAGUCUCUAUCCUCCUUCCUAUAAGUGUCAGGAUCUUCCUUCUCUUUUUAGUAAGUGUUAAUAUUUUCAGCAUUCUAGUUAUAUUACAAAUGCCACAGACAUAAUGCCCACUUGCUUUAUUGGCUAAGGGCCUGCUUCCAGCGAAGAAGGGACAUUUUGUCAUUUCUUCAGUAGGAGGAGAAAAAGAGGAAAACCCUGGUAAAUUGCUUUCUAAAAUAGAGAAGUGGGGUGUGAGUGGAGGUGGUGUCUUUAUUAGAUACAGUGCAAGUACAUUUAGGAUUUUAUUGGGUGUCUGCCAUCUUUGCCAAAUUAUCCAUUGAAGCCCAGCUCCAGGACCAGUAUUGCUGGUGAUAUUUUUAAUGCUGCUCAGACUUCUGCUGUUUCUGUGUAUCAUAACAUAAAAUCAAGGCUUUUAUCAGGGACCCUAAAGCAAUGGUAGCAGCAACUAGAAAUCAAAAAUAAAGUGGAGUUCUGCCAGUAAAUGAACUUCAAUUGGCCAGACAGUGUCCUGCAAUUCUAAUUUUUCUCAGAACUUUGUAUACCAGUUUAAAUGCUGUCUCCAUCCAUUUUCAUAGACGGCAUUGCUGAAUAUUCCACAGAGAUGGUUCUCUGCAGUCAGAAUUGGAAGAUCAGUGCCAAAAGAAACUCAAUGGGACUGUAUGAAGCACAUAAGAACUUUGUAAACUGUCUGCUUCAGAACUUUAAACUAUUUAUAAAAGCAUUUUAUUAAUUUAAAUUUAUAAUGCAAACAAUUUAAAGCUAAUAAAAAUGUUCUAACAUCAGAUUGAGGUAGGUUGGAAGUGAAUUUCGAUCAAUAUAAUGAAGGACAAUUUUCUAACGUAAUCUAUGUUUGUCCUGAGGCUACCAGUAUUAGGAGAUAAGAUAGAAAGAGCAAUAUCUGUGUCAAAGGCAGAAAAAACACAUCUGAUUUCAAUUCUCCUUCAGAUUUGCAGCACUAGCUACUAUUCUGAAAAUACUUUUUCAUAGUUAAACUGUACUAGUUUGUUUUCAUCUCAGGAAAGAAGAAACAAACACCCUUUCCGCAGCACUUUAACAAAGUAAACUGCUGAUGUUACAGUAGAGAAAACUGAUACCUCACAGUUCUCUGAAUUCUUGGCACAUACUGUACUGAUGUAUAAAAGGAGUCCAGCAUUUCAAUGAUAGCCACAUUUUGUUAUAACAAGAUCACAGUGGAAAAUCAUGCAUUUCUCCUCAUGUUUUGCCAUUAAACAUGUUUUAAGUUGGCAUUUUUAUAGAAGCUUCUUAACCAGGCUUUCAUAAUAAUAGUGUUGAGUCCCAUGUUAAAACAGAUUAAUAUUUAUAUCUAUAUUCUGUGAAUAUAAACCUAAUCACAAUGGAAUUAAAGUUUGAAUGGUGCAAAUUUUUUUUGUGAAAUACCAAUUUACAUAAAGCCUCACUCUGAAAACAUUUGCUACUGUGUUCCAGGUGCUAUUAGGAUUGGUUCUGUUGAUUUGUAUUUAAUUUCUUAAAAUGAAGAAUGCAGGAUUGGGUCCUACAAAAACACUCAAAAUGUUCUGUAUAAUGUACAGGUUACAAAACACCUGCUGUGACUCCUAAGGUAUUUUGAAACUUUGUCUUCAAUAUUUAGUUCUUCUUCAGCUGAUGCUGCUCCUCAAAUAUUUGAAGGAUAGAAUUAUUACUGAAUUAGGUAGAAUUACACUUAUUUUUUAAUGUAGCUACUAACAAGACUCCUCUCCCUUGUCCUGUGCUUUAUCUUAAGAAAGAGGUGCACCUGCAAAUCUAGAACACAUCAGCUUUAAUUAAAUUGAUUAUUAAAAAUUGAAUUUAUCCACUGGUCUUGUAGUAUUUUGUUAGUGGAUGCGAGAGAUCUAAGAGCUUUUGGGCUCUUAGAAAAAUGUAAUACAGUAAAAUCUUCAUUUGUUUAAAAAUGUCCAUAAAUGCAUCCAGUUUUAUCUCACUAAUUACCUUUAUAAGCAAUACUUGAUCAGGAUGCCACUUUUACAGGGCUACAUCAGCCUCCUGGAAGACUGAACUGACCUUUUCAGACUGUUGGACCUCACUUCACUAAUGGGAACCCCCAAACAUUUCUGCAUAUUUUUCCUAUUUAAAAAUAAACAGUCAAGAGCCAAUGUGAACAGAGAACUAAUCAAUAGGAAAAUUUGCAUCCGAGUUUGUUUUGAUGAAGCACAGAACUAUUUUAUUUAUUGAAACUGUAUUAAUGUAAUUAAAAUAAAUGGAAAAUGCACUCUUUACUUAAUUAAUAUUUUAAGCUGUCUCUGAAGAAUAGUAUGCAGCUUGAAUUUAGUUAUCAUUUUUAAACUGCAAGACAGAUUAAUUAGAUUCAAAUCUUAGGCAGAAUGAAAUAAUUUCUUAAUAAACCUAAGAGCUCUAGAAUUUACUAGUAGAAUGUGUCUGUUGUUGAUCUUCACAGAUGAGCACGAGAAGAUAAGACAUAAAACUCAAUGGAGUAUAGUGGUUAAAAUUCUGCUAACUCUGCUUUUAAAUUAUGGUCCCAGGUGUUGGUUUUAUUUAUAAGAAUGGUGUAGUGUUUUCAAGACAUGGGAGUUCUGCCUCUUUCUUAAUACAUGUAUCCCUAAAGUUAAAGUAAUUUAAAUGCAGGUGGUAUAGGUAGUUAAUAUUUGGAAAAAAUGUUUUGUUCAUCAGAAUGAAGGAAAUUCAACUUUGAUUUCAGUAUCCACAUAAACAGAAAAUCUAUGGAAAAUCCUCCACAACAUAUUUGGAUCUGUAUUUAAUGAGCAAGGCUCCAAAGGAUAACUUAUAAACAAAACAACAAAUGAGAUUAAAUGGUGUUUUAGCUUUAUCAUACAUGCUUUAAAAGAAUGAAAAUCUAUUUCAUGCUGUGCAUUGUGCAUGCAUUUGCAGAAUGAAGUGGCUAAACCUAGAAGUGAAAACAGAUCUGUAAUCAGAAAUCAAGGAAAAUGGUCAGUGUGGUUUUCAGUGCUCAGUUAUGAAGAACAGAUUUUUGGGGAGUCCUGAAAAACAUUGGUGGUUCUCAGGCAAGAGUUUUGUUCUGUGCAAAAUGGGAAUAUGUUUCAGCAUCAUUCUCACUAAAAUUGCAAGAUUUAGAAUAUUUUGAGUUUAGGCAUAGUUCAAACACAGCUCUUGAAUUCGGAUGAAUGUUAAUGUGAAUCUUCAAAAUACCGGUAUUUUUAGAUGCGCUAAACCCAAAGAAACUGUCUCAAAGUCAUUUAUACUUUCAAUGUCAACUUUUUUUCUGAGAAAAAGACAUGAAACUUUCUAGAAAUUUUAUAAUAAAAUGCUGCUGAUGACAGGGUUUUUUUGUUUUCCCAUUUUUUAAUUAAUUAAAUCAUAUGAGAAAAUUUAUCAGUAAGUCAAUUCACUGAUAUGUGACCAACAGUUCUAUAGAUGCUUUUAAAACAGAUUUUAAAUUAAAAUGAGUAAACAAUUGAAAAUUAUUUCUUCUAUCUCUCAACAUCUUCUACACUUGUAAUGAAUAACACGUUAAACAAUCUAUGUUUAAAUGAUUUCUCCCUGUGACGUAACCCUCACAAGUAUCUAUCAUUGCUUCAAAGGUCAUAUUUAGAAUGGGAUAAAAGUAAUGAAAAUUACAUAAACGUGAAAAGUUUUUUAAAUUUCACCACAAAUUCUUCAAAAUCUUACUGUUAAAAAAAAAAUAUGUGUUUUAACAAGUAUUUUGCUGUCUCUGGACACUUGGCCGGUCAAAUUCAUGUUGAACCCAUUCAGCACCUGACAAUUCUGAAAAGAUCCAAUAUUUUUUCCAGGAAAUGUUAAUGAAUAUAUUUUUAAAUACUAAAUACAAACUACAAAGCUAAUGGAAGUAUUUAUCAGUUUCAGACAGUUCAUUAGAAGGACCAAUAUGCAAACACACGUGUCCUUUUAAUGAAAUCACUUGGCGGGUUCAUUUAUCUUUCAACUUAAGGAAUGCAGGUUAGUGAGGAGAUUAUGUAUGCUCUGUUUUUUCCGGGGACAGGAGAAUAUCAGAGGAGAGGGUCCUCUAAGGAUGACAGACUGACAGAGCAAUGCUUUCAGACCAAGCACUACAAACGUGGCUGAGAAAAUGUUUGGAGAAGCCAAAUUUAUUUUUUUUAAAUCUUUGGGAACGUGAAGGAUUUUGCAUGAGCAGAAGCCAGGUGAGGAGUACUUCUCCUGCCUGGAAACCUUCUUUUCAGAAACGGUGGUGAUGUAAAGAGCAUCUUCCUUGCCCUGGGAUGGGAAGGCUGGGUGUGGGGCUGUGAGUGGGGGUAAGCCCAUGGCAAAACCACUCUGCACUUUCUGGACACGGCAGAACGAUCCUGUACAGGGGAUGGUGAUGACAUUUCUGUGCUGUCCUGCAAGUUUAAGUGAAGUGUCGCUCUGAGGCGAGGCGAGGAUGCUCUGAGAACUCAGGCUGCCCUUGCCCUUCCUUUGGCACCCCGCACGGGUGCGUGUCCUUUACCCAGGUGCUGGCUACCGUGGGGUGCUGGAAGGAUGAAUACUGUCCAGAGGAAAGGGGGGCAAAGGAAUUGCCACACGGCGCUAAUGCGGUGUCCGGGACACCCGUGAAGAGCCAGGGCCGCUCGUUCCAGCCGGGAAGGCAAAACCCGCCGGGGCCGGGCAGGCGGCAGUGGCCGAGCCUCAGACGGCUGCCGGGACAGCAGGGGUGUGGGGUAAGGGUGGCCAUGCCGUGCCGUGCCGUGCCGUGCCAUGCCGUGCCGUGCCGUGCCGUGCCGUCCCUCACACUGCCUCCUCCGCUCCGUCCCACCGCGGGGGUCGCUCCGGGCGGGGGUUCCUGCCGAGGGAGGUGUGUGCCGCUGCCCGGCUCAGGACAGCUCUGCCCGGGAGCAGCCGCCGCCCUCGGGCCGGGGCAGGCCGGGGCACAGGCGGCGUGGGGGCGGGACGGCUGGGGAGGAGAAGGGGAAGGGAAAGGGGAAAGGGAAGAGGAAGGGAAAGGGAAAGGACUGCCCGCCUCCACGGACAGAGGAGAGCCGGCUCUGCCCUGCCUGCCAUCCCCAGCCGCAGUGACAGCGGGAAACAAUGGGGACAGGGAAGCGGGAGGGCUGUCCAUCGGCGGGGGAAGGGAGACCGAAGGGACCUGCCACCCGCGCCCGGCAGCCCUCCUGCCGCUCCCCGCCCGCUCCCGUCCCGCUCCCGCAGCCGGGACACUUCGUGGGCAGAUGCUGGGGUUUCGGGAGGGGAGGGGGUGCGCAGCGUGUCUGCCAGCGGCAGGCGGGAAUCUGAGGAGCUGGGGAAGACUGCAGGGUCCGUUUCAUUACAAGGGUCGGUGCUGCCCCGGGCCCCUGGGCCCUGGCUGGGGGUUACGGGUGCGCAGUGCCGGGCACGGCACGGUCCCGCUCGCCCGCGCCGGCUCCGAGCGCUGCCUCUCGCUAUUUAUCGAACUGGACUUCGUUACUGUCCCGGGGCUGGUCGGAACACACUCCUUCCUGAUUUCGUGUGUCAUUUGGAGAACGAGGACGAGAGGGGAGAAAGUUUGGAUCUUCUUUGCUUGGCAAUGUGUGGAUUUUUUUUUUUUUUUUUUUUUUUUUUUUUUUUUGAGGAAAGUCUUUUCAGGAAGAAGCGUUGUGGGCUCCUUUGCCGUAUUGUGAUGCAAAUGAUUUGUAGCUUUUUCUCGCUGUCCUUGAUUGAUUUUAUUUUUGGCUUUCUGUCAUUGUUCUACCCUCCACUUCCAUCUUGGAAGACAGGCACCAAGAAAAUAAUAAUAAUAAUAAAAAAGAAAAUAAAAAGAAAAAGAUGGGGGAGGGUGCGCGUAAAAAAUCAACCAAAAGGGAAAAAAAAAAAAAAAACCACAAAAAAACCCCGCACAUCCACAACAGAAACCCCAAACAGCUUCUCCAAAUGAGUGACACAGCCCGUGUCCAUUCAUCGUCGCACUCCGGCGAAGGGUUUCUGCACAGCCCAGACCUCCUUAGCCAAUUGCUGCCAGCAACAUGUGGAGGGGAGGCAUCGCUAUAGCAACCGGUGGAUGGGCCAUGUGCGGCAGCCGGCAGGGGCUGCGAGCCGCCCGAUAUAAGGAGGGCAGCGCCGGGGCGCGCCGGCAUCCUCCGCCCGCGCCCCGCGGGGACCACCGGGCCGCCGGGGCCGCCGCCUGCCCCCGCCGCACCGGGAGGCGGCCGCGGGCGGCGAGGGGCGAUUGUGCUGGCCGCCGCCUUUGUCUGCGCUAAGGAGGGGCGGGGGGUGAGAGGGGGAAGUUUUGGCACCGGAGGAGGAUUGCUAGAGCCCGCCGAGGUGCGCCGACCCCUCGCAGAGAGGGGCCCGUCCCGGCACGCCGGCAGCAGCAUCAGCAUUAGAUCAGCGCUGGCGCUGCGGCUCGUGUUCCCCUUGCUAGCUGAAGACAUUUGAUUAAGCUCGGCAAUCUCUGACCGUCCUCUUGGCUCGGGCUCUGACACUCUGUGACUUAGACCUGCCGAGUCCCUCUCUUUCACGGUUUUACUCCGGCUAACAAAGCCUGGGCUGCGGAGGAAAACCUGCUUCCUGGUGCACCCACUCUGCUGCUUUGCCCUAUCUGCCCCCGAGUCCUUAGAGACGGGGAUCGAAGUUUCUUCACCGUGGUGUCUUCACUGUCUCUGCGCUCUCCUCUUCUUGCUGCCACCUCACAGGUGCACUGUGCGGCUUCGGACAGGAUGGGCCACGUUCCUCCAUCUCCGACUCACCUACCUCUUCCACAGGCAUGGAUGUGGCUGUCCGGUUUCCUGAGUUGUGUGUUAUCCCUACACUGUCUCAGUGAUGCUGUAGGCUUUUGUGCUUUACUCUUUACCUAACUGCUGACUUAAAAAAAUACCCAGAUGCUCAUGAAAAUCUUGAAGCUCAUUGAAUUUCCUCUUUCACAACCUUAUUCCUUAUCACCAUGCCACAAACUUCUUUGGGGUGCUUGGACAUUCUGGCAUUUCAGUAUUACCUUGUAGUGGGAUUCAGAAUAAUAGCUCUAAUUUCUUGUAACUCUAAUCAGAAACUUCACUUAUGUUUACCUUUAGGAAGCCAGAAGAAAAUAUCUACCAUUGAUCAAGGGAUCUUUGAACUCGGUGAAUUCUUGAUUGUAUUCAGUCAUUGUUCAUGGUAUUAAUCCUACUAAAAGGUAUAGAGACGCUCCAGAGUGCUUUGUGGUGUUGAAGGUUGUGGAAAGAUCAUUGUACCCCUACAGAUGAAUAGAUCUGUGGCUUUUGCAGUGACCUUUCUCAGUGAUUUGAAUUAAGCUGCAGUUCCCAGAAAUCCAUCUGCCUUUUGUGUUUGUCGAUUUGUCUAAUCUUUCCGACCCCUAAAAGAAGCAAAAAGUGUCUUCCCAUCCGAUUUCAUCCUCCCGAGUAAAAGCAUUAAAUUGACCUCGUUUCAGGUGAUGAACUGACAUUUGCUGAAAGUGAUCCUGGCAUCAGGUGAGCUUUCUGGGGAGAGGAGGGGGUGUGAACAGGGAGUCAGAAGGUAGCAGCCCUAGAAAUCUCUCAGUAACUCUAAAGAUAGUAUUUAAAGCACCAACAAGUAGCCUGGACCAAACAGCUUGGGAGUGCAGUGCUGAACGCAAGGGGUGUUACAUGCACAAAAGGUGAACAUCCCCAGGCCCUGCUGCCCCAGGCUAACCCGACUGGGGGCACAGUAGGGGAGGAGGCACAGCAUCUACAACUGGGGGAGAUGCUGCUUUCCCUUCUGUUUUGUUUUCUUACUUUAUAAAAGGUUAAAAAAUCUUCUCUGUAGCUUUCCUGGGGACAGAUUAUGGUAGCCAGCCUCCUCCUGACGUAAAGUGUUUCUCUGGUUUUCUAGUAACCUAUCAAAACUUAACCAGCAGAGUGUAUCAACCUAUGUCUCAGAUAACCCCUGGGAGAGGGAAAUUACUAGAAGUGAACUUAAGUUUAGAUUUAUAUAAAUGAGCAGACAUACACGGAUGUGUGUAUAUAUACAUUUGAACACACACACACAUUAUAUAUAUACACACCCACACACAUCCCUUUCUUCAUGCUUUCUAUAUAAGGAAAUAAUAUGCAUAUCCUUUAUAUUUUCAUGUAAUGUCAGUGGCUGCAACUGUUAACACAGGAUAUUCCUUAGAAAACAAACAAACAAUGAACCAAAACUUAUUUUAGAGAAGUUUAAUUUUAAGACUAAUGGUUUUCUUGUAGAGUUCUUUUUUUCUGCCUAGGUACUUUUUUCCCUCCUUGAAUGGCAUAUUUGCAAGUACAAUUUCAUCUGCACAGAGGAACAAUAGCUUUCAGUUGCACAAAGGAUUUCUCCCACCCUGAAUCCAAACCACAAUGCCUCUUGCUCUGAUAAUAGCUUCUGAAAAGAUUUUGUAAUGCACAGAAUUAAUACAUGAUUAUUUCCGCCUCACUUCUCUCAUUUAUUAGAUUCUAUAGUGAAUUCCAAAUUAAAAAUAGCACCUCUUGAGUUUCUUAACGUUCUAAUAUUUUGAAACAAAUCAUAUUCUGAAGUUCCUCUUUUUGCCCAUAUUUACUAAGAAAUCUUCAAUUUUUUAUUAUUGUUCAGAAACAAAACUGUGUAAUAUAAAUGUAAAAAACGAAGCAUGCAGAAAUUGC